AUGGACUUGAUGGACCUCGACGACCCUCUUCGGAGGCGUCAGCCAUUUUCAGAUGCGUCCAGCAGGGUGAACUAUUCCAAGUCCCCAAGAGUCGAAACCCCACGCGUCCGAGUCGAGGAAGUCGACCAGCUGAAGACGCCAGAUCGAAUGUCCUUCGUGACCACGCCAACGACGCGGGAGAAAGAGAACCAGAGACUAUCCGUCAAUACCGACUUCCAAUGCGAGUCGGCCCGCAGCUCGGUCAUGUCAGCGGCCUCGCUUCUGUCCAACAAGGGGAAGCGGAAGACACACGUCGGGCCAUGGCAGCUGGGAAGGACCCUGGGAAAAGGGGCUACCGGACGGGUGAGGCUCGCGAAACAUGCUGUUACGGGGCAAACUGCGGCCAUCAAGAUUGUCUCCAAGAAAUCCGCUGCUAUGGUUCAGAGUGAGAGCAUCGCAGCAAUGGACCGUAAUGUGAGUAAUUUCUCUGGCUUCUCGACUGCCAGACAGAUGCCUUCGGGGAUCGAACGGGAAGUUGUGAUUAUGAAGUUGAUUGAGCAUCCUAAUGUCAUCAGCUUGUAUGAUGUCUGGGAGAACCGCGGAGAGCUGUAUCUCGUGCUCGAAUACGUCGAAGGAGGGGAGCUAUUCGACUACGUAUCCCAGAAAGGACCUCUACAUGAACAAGAAGCCGUUCGCAUCUUUCGCCAGAUCAUCGCAGGCCUCGGAUACUGCCAUCGAUUCAACAUCUGCCACCGCGACCUGAAGCCCGAGAAUAUCCUGCUUGAUGGCAAAAACAAUGUGAAGCUGGCAGAUUUCGGAAUGGCUGCUCUACAGCCCGCUGGCCACUGGCUGAACACGUCCUGCGGAAGCCCGCACUAUGCAGCGCCGGAGAUCAUCUAUGGCCGCAAGUAUCGUGGGGACAGGGCUGAUAUGUGGAGCUGUGGCAUCAUCCUGUAUGCCCUCUUGACCGGUUUCCUUCCGUUUGAUGGUGGUGAUCUUCCGAAUACCUUGCGCCUGGAUCUUGCAGAAGAGACCCGAGGACCGGAUCUCGAUGCAAAGCAUUUGGCUCCAUCCUCUCUUGAAAAAGUACGAAAAGCUUCACAACGCUAUGGCCGACCACCCUAUGGGACCUGCUCCCCUUUAUCUGUCAAAGACUGUGGCGAAUUGAUUUCUUCUCGACAAGAUGUGGACAUGGAUAUUCUUCGUAACCUUCAGACUUUGUGGCACGACGUGAAGCCUGAUGUCCUGAUUGAUAGGCUUAUGUGCAUUGAGCCAACUCAUGAGCGAAUGUUCUACAAUGCCCUUGUGAAGUUCCGUGAUGAACAGCUGGAGAACUACCAGGGCCAGAGCUUGGACUACUCGGCUAGUGACUACCAUCACAUUUCCCGCCCAAGUGGGCGGCGAGGCCGCGGUCACAAUUUUGGCACCAGCUCCAAGCGCCGCAACCAUCUGUCCAUUGUUCGAGACCUUCAUUCUCGAAUCAGUAUCGCGCAAGAGCCAAAAUCGUGUGCAAGCGUGGAAAGCUAUGAUCCUUUCAGAUCUCCCAAAACGCAUGGAUCAGCGGCAGAAGCCAAGUACGCCCAGGUUACCAUCCAUAGAGUUCAACCUGAAACAGUGGAGGAAAAGGACGGCUCGCCUGCUGUCAAGCCUCCUCCCUCCAUUGUGGAAGAGGCGGAACCAGAGGAUGACAAUGCGGCUUCGGACUCCCCUUUCACUGUCUUGCAAAAGCGAAAGCACAAGCCCAACUCUAUGAAGUCUUUCCAUUCGUCAAAGGUGCCUUUGUCGAGCUCGAAGCCUCGUGGCCUAAGUACUCACUCUGCAAGCUACCGUCGCAAUGUUUCAUUCCACCAUGCUCGCAAUCGCUCCCAAGGAUCUACGAAGCCAAAGAAAAGGAAAAUUGUGCCGAAUCAAAGGUCUGACCUCAAGCGAUCACCAAGUGCUUGCAGCCUGCAAAUGAUUGCAGAUGGCAUUAUCCCAAUAGAGAUGCCCAGUAGUCCCCCUCUGCCUGCUCAACCAACCGUUGUGCGCCAGGGUGCGAUGACCGCGAAUAGCUUAGCACAGACACGGAAAAUUCGUGCCCCCGACACCAUUUGGAAAGAAGAUGCCCGGAAGGUUUCAAAUGAGCUGCGCCAAAUCUGCGAGGAAGCUUUCAAUGGAAGCUCUGUCACCACAAUGCGAACAACUAGCACUGCUACCGAUGCUGGGUAUGAGACUCCGACUACUCCGGUGUCUAUAGGAAGCCCCAAUAAUGCCCCACAGACCCAAGCAGUGCCAAAGCCCGCAGCCAGCACGGCUAAAGAUCCUGCUCGGCCUUACAGCAUUGAAGAGCUUACAGAGACUCGACGUAAGCUCGCCGAGCACAGCAAAGGCCGCAAUGACAACGUUCCCACAUACUUGUUGGGAGUUAUUGGCCACCUUGAUCGUCUGAUCGAGGAGGACCACGCCCAACGUCGCAACCAGUUGCUUAAAAACAACCAGGACACUCAUGCAGAUCCCUUCAUCUCGAUCGCGCAUGAGAGUUCUCUGCCUGCCAUCUCUGAAGAGGCGGUCCCCGAGCCUGUUCUUGAAGGAGCCAGUCCGAAGCCUAAGUCUAGACUUCGGGGCUUGAACCGGAACCACGAUGGAAAAGCCACCAUCAGAAUGGUUCCGCAUAGCUCGCUCCACUCCAUGGAGGAAGUUAAGCCCCUGAUGAUUCGAAAGAAGAACCCAGACGACAGUAGUAUGGCUUCUAACCUAGCAGCGGCCUCUAGUAUGGCUGGCACUUCUCGCCAAACUCGCAACCCUAGCAACCUAGCCCCCAUUGAUGAAAUCCCAGGGUCCCCCAAGAAGGGUGAAAAGGUACCAGACAACAAGAAGUGGUCGUGGUUCAAGCACCGAUCCCAGCUAUCCGACUCGGCACCAGGUUUCCCAUCUCAGGAAAACCAGACACGGAUCGCCAGCAAUGAUACUGUCAUUGUUCGACCGCCACAGGAACUCCAGGCGUCCCCUACUCGGGAUGAUGAGCACCGAGUCCCCACCAGGAAAUCGUCCAUGGAGCGCUUCAAAGGAGGCUUCCUGAAGCUUAUGCCUAAGAAAACAAAUAAACCCGCCCCAUCAGCCGGCCCUGGAAUCGGACCUUCCGGGGAGCAAACUGGUCAGGACCUGCUAUGCAAAGGCAUGCUGGAUACUGACAGCUCAUUUGAAGCACACGACCAAAAUAACCCUUUCACUAACAAGCGCCGCUCCCUCGCAAACCAAAACUGGUUUGCUCGUGUGUUCCAGAUCAAGCCAGCUUGCCGGGUCAUCGCCCUGAAUACUUCCAAGGUCAAGGGUCGCAAGGAAGUUUACCGCCUUCUCCGGGACUGGGAGGACUAUGGCAUGGAGGAUGUUCGGAUGGACAAGGGAAAUAGCAUUGUGCACGGCCGAGUCGGUGAAGUCAAUUUCUUGCGCCUCCGAGAAGUUGAGUUCACUGCCGAAUUCUACACCGUUCUCGAGCAUGGUCGUCAAGCCAACCUGAGUCUCGUUCGAUUCAAGCAGGAGCGUGGUGCAGCAUCUUCUUUCAACAAGGUCGUCGACACUGUUCACAUGAUGCUGCGGUCUCGCGGUCUCGUCGUCGAGGACGCCUUACGCGCUCGCAAAAUGGCUCGUGUGCUCGACACUAUCCUUAACGCCUAG